UUUGUUAGGAAUUUUUCUUCUAAAAAAACAAGCAUACAAUUCCGGGUAAUGAGAAAAUGUCACAGAUCUUCGGCUAUAAAUAGAGGAGUAGCUAGAGAGCAUCUUCUUAUAUCAACUAAACUUUGUAUUCAUUUCCAAGUAUCACUCUAAAUCAUCUUUUUCGAAUUCGCCUCCCAAGGUCCGUCUAGAAAACUAAAUCAUCUUUUCGUUUUUGUAUAGAUCAUAUCAUUAUGAUGAUCUCGAUCUCUUUUUCUGUCCACUCGUCUACAUGUGACCGCUAUUAUAGUUUUCGAUAUCCGGUUUUUUAUGUUAACUCCUUCAUAUAGCUAGAUUCAACGCAUGUUUUUUUAUUUGUAAAGCCGGAAUUAAUUCGACCAGUUUCUUGUAUUUGUUUCUUAGAGUCUCUUAGGAAUCGGACAUCUAAUAAUACUCAACUCAAUCAGAUAAUCAUUUUCUUAUCUAAAUUCUUUGUGUUAUUGUGUUAUUGGAACAAAAAGAUAUGUCGACAGAGUCGUACGAAGACGCCAUUAAAAGACUCGGAGAGCUUCUCAGUAAGAAAUCGGAUCUCGGGAACGUGGCAGCCGCAAAGAUCAAGAAGUUAACGGAUGAGUUAGAGGAACUUGAUUCCAACAAGUUAGAUGCCGUAGAACGAAUCAAAUCCGGAUUUCUCCAUUUCAAGACUAAUAAUUAUGAGAAGAAUCCUACUUUGUACAAUUCACUUGCCAAGAGCCAGACCCCCAAGUUUUUGGUGUUUGCUUGUGCGGAUUCACGAGUUAGUCCAUCUCACAUCUUGAAUUUCCAACUUGGGGAAGCCUUCAUCGUUAGAAACAUUGCAAACAUGGUGCCACCUUAUGACAAGACAAAGCACUCUAAUGUUGGUGCGGCCCUUGAAUAUCCAAUUACAGUCCUCAACGUGGAGAACAUUCUUGUUAUUGGACACAGCUGUUGUGGUGGAAUAAAGGGACUCAUGGCCAUUGAAGAUAAUACAGCUCCCACUAAGACCGAGUUCAUAGAAAACUGGAUCCAGAUCUGUGCACCGGCCAAGAACAGGAUCAAGCAGGAUUGUAAAGACCUAAGCUUUGAAGAUCAGUGCACCAACUGUGAGAAGGAAGCCGUGAACGUGUCCUUGGGGAAUCUUUUGUCUUACCCAUUCGUGAGAGAAAGAGUGGUGAAGAACAAGCUUGCCAUAAGAGGAGCUCACUAUGAUUUCGUAAAAGGAACGUUUGAUCUUUGGGAACUUGACUUCAAGACUACCCCUGCCUUUGCCUUGUCUUAAAAGAUUCCUCCUACUCAAAUAUUUUCUCUAUGUUGUUUCUAAUUAUGUUCUUAUAAUCUUCUUCUGUUGCUUCUGUAAUGUCAUCUUUGCUACUUCUAUUCCAAUAGAAAUGAAUAAAGCUUUAAAGAGC